AUGGCUUUGUCUCGUCUCGGCGUCUGUCUGCUCUGCGCGUACGUCGUGUGUCAGUUCGGCUCGAUCGUUGCGCGAGAGAUUUAUCAAGCAGACGAUGAUCUAGCUGUGGCAGCCACUCACCAUGGCCAUCAUCACGAGGAAGGCGGCGGUGGAGAGCAUCACUCCGACCACCAUAGCAAACACGGUGAGAAAGGCGACAAAGGUUACAAAUCGUCCCAUCAUCACGAGAAAGGCGAGAAGGGACACCACGACAAGGAUCAGCACAGUGGCCACUACGACGAGCACGAGGGCCACAAGAAGAGCCAUCAUCACGACGACGGUUAUUACUCCGAGCACCACAAGGGCGAGAAGGGCGAGAAAGGGCACAAGUUUCACGAGGAGGGUCACUAUGGAAAGGGGCACAAGACAAAGGGGCACCACGAGGUGCACAAGUUAGACGAGUACAAGAAGGACAAGGAGUUCUUCGACGAGCAUCACGAUUCCGGGCACCACGAGGACCAUGGCGGACACCAUCACGAACACGGUCACAAGAAGGGCGGGCAUUUCAAGAAGGGACACCACGACCACGGUGAUCACGAGGAUCAUUACGGGAAGAAGGGACAUCAUGAGAAGGGACAUCAUCAUCACGAUCACAAGGGACACAAGAGCGAAGGUGGACACGAUGAACAUCACAGUCAUCACUCUCACCAUGGAAAGAAGGGGGGACACGACGACCACAAGUCGUGGGGAUUCAAAAAAGGACAUUGAAUACUUGGACGAUUCAUAUUGAUUUGUUGAACGUUUUGUUGAGAUUGAGCUUUGUAUCUGAUGAAAAUAAAUGUAAUUUUUCAAAGAGUCACGCGUUGAGU